GAAGCUGAUUAAAAAUUUUUUUUUCCAUCGUGUUCAUCAUUCAUCAAAGAAAAUCGCAUCAAAUUUCGCGUACACAAAUGUCCCUUCUUCUGCUAAUUACACAAUAAACAAAAUUCAUUAAACAUGACAAACGAAACAGCCAGCGAAGAAUUAAUUGAUCAAUACAAGACAGAAAUUUUAGAAUACACUUUAGUUCAUAGGAAAAUAGAUACAUUAGCUAGAUCAUGCCACGACAUCAAUCAGGAUAAUUGCUUAAAGAAUUUAGUCAGGUCGCAAGACUAUUUAGAAAUAAUUAACACAGCUAAUGACCAUUAUGAAAAAUGGCAAGCAAGCGGUAUCAAAGAUCUGCCGGAUCGUGAAAGUAUUAGUCCCAUCAAAGAAACAUUGAUGAAUAUUAUCGACACGAUCAAACGAAAAUUGAAUGAUGAAAAGAAGCGUAACGAAAAUCAACAAGAUAGUGCACCCAUUAUUACCACGCAGCAUCAAUCACCAAUAUCGAUUUCUUCACCAAACUACAGUAUGGCAACAGCAUUUUCGCCUACAGUGAUUUAUGUUAAACCGGCAAAUCAACAAACAUCACCGAAUACUACCCAACAACCAGAACCGAAUGAUAAUCAACAAUCAACAUCGAAUAUUGACAAACCACUAGAAUCUAAUGACCAACAACAAGCAACAACGAAUCUUGUCCAACCACCAGAAUCUCAUGUUCAGCAACAAUCGACAAACACCAAUCAAAUACAUGAUAUUCCACAACAAUUUCGACCAGAAUUUUAUAAUCAACCAUAUUUUCGUGUACCAUUUAAUAUGAAUCAACCAACAUAUAAUCCACAAGAAUUUCAUAUUCCGCAACAACCUUCAAAUACCAAUCCAAUGUAUAAUUUACCACAACAGUUUCAACCAGUAUUUCAUAACCAACAAAAUAUCGGAGCACAACCAUUUAUGAUCCCACCAGAAGUGAAUAAUCAUCAAAAUUUCAAUCACAAUUUAUAUCAUGUACAAGAUCGAAGAAAUGACGAAAACAUAAUGAUUAAGUACCAAUAUCUUAUUCCAAUGUUUCAUGGUUCAUUCGAAGAAUUUCCAAAUUUUCGUUCUACAUUCGAUGAAUUAGUUCAUCAUAUCAGAAUUGAACCGGGAAGAAAAUUAUUGAUACUGAAAUCAAAAUUGGGUGAAAAACCCCGCGGUAUCAUUGCAGGAAUAUUGGAUUAUCAUCAAGCAUAUUUGAAAUUGGUAAACCAUUAUUCAAGUACCUUUUCACUUCGAUCCGAAAUAUCGCAAAAACUCGAAGCUUUACCGAGGGUGACCAAUGAAUGGGAUCUAAAAACCAUGACUGAUAAUCUGGUUGUUGUACAAGAAAAAUAUGGCAUUUUGAAAAUGAAUAAAAUGAACGAUGCCUAUUUGGAAUCGGAAUUUAUGUCCAUUGUCGGUAGUAAAUUUCCAUUGGAAAUAUUACGAACAUCAGAUCACUUGGCUGACACUGGCUUGCGAUGUGAAAAAUACAUGGCUGAUUUGCGAUAUUACGUCGAAAGAAAUCAACGUAUAGCCAAUAUUGUCAAACAUGAAGAAAUACGAUCAGCUAGACGAACCAACCCAACAAGUCUUAAUCUUGAAAUGGUAAAUUUGAAUAAUCCGGAUAGAAGAUACUCGUACGAUGGACAAUAUCAAAAUAGGAAUCAGAAUUGGCAAAGAUAUUCACCAAAUCGUGAUAGACCAAAUUGCAUCUUUUGCCAACAAGAUCAUCGAUCAAAUCAAUGUAGACUAUCGCUACGAGAGAGAAAAGAAAGUCUUGAUCGACGAAAUAGAUGUCAUAAAUGUUUGAAAUACGGUCAUAACGCACAAAAUUGUCGUCGACCUUUAAAAUGCUUUUUAUGUAAUGGUGAUCAUCCAGCAUCAAUCUGUGAAAAUAAGAAUAAUACUGAAUCAACAAAUGUUCAACCGACAGCUUCACCGACAUCACGACAAACACAACCAGAAUUGAACAAUAUUAAUUUACCGAAAAAGGGAUUAACAAAAAUUUUGAUCACCAUCAACAAGACAGAAUGUCAUGCUCUAUUCGAUUCUGGGUCAACAAAUUGUGUAAUGAACACUGAACUACAAGAAAAAUUGAAAUUGGUACUUGAACCCGAAUCUAUUCCUAUCAAUCAAGCAGCGGCUACCGGAAUGGCAAUUGGUACCGUAACAACAAGAGUAAAAAUCGGAAUUAAAAGUCGACAACAAAAAUUUUACGUAUUACCUGGUCUCCGCCAUCUUAUUCUAGGCGUAGAUGCAAUGUCAAUAUUUAGUCUAAUCCGUGAUCCACAUGGAAAUAUAUUACAAUUCAUUGACAGUACAUUCUUUAAAAUACCAGGUGAGUACCUGCAAAAUAAUGAAACAAAUGCUAUUCAAAUUGAUGAUACCAAUCGGCAAGCAUGUGACGAAAUUUUGAAAAAACAUAAUGAAGUAUUUGCACAAUCAAAGGGUGAAGUUGGGCAAAUUAUCGGUGACUAUUGUUACAUCAAUCUCGAAAAUAAUAUUCCAAUUAAUCAAAAAGCUUAUCGAACAUCAACUAUUGAUCAAGACAAAAUAGAUAAUCAAAUAACAGAUUUGCUUAAUCGAGAUUUAAUUGAACGAUCGACGUCAAAUUAUUCUUUUCCGGUGGUGUUGGUCAACAAAAAGGACGAAGGUGAAAAAACAAGAUUAUGCAUCGAUUAUAGAAAAUUAAAUUCUAUCACGAUUCCCGAACGUUAUCCAAUGCCAAACAUACGAGAUAUCGAAGAUAAAUUAUUGAAUGCUGAAUUCUUUUCGACACUUGACAUAUCCUCCGGAUUUCACCACAUUCGAGUUGCUCCGGAAGACAAAACAAAAACUGCAUUCGUUACGAUGCAUGAACACUUCCAAUGGAAGGUCAUGCCAUUUGGGCUCAAAAACGCCCCUGCUAUAUUUCAAAGAAUCGUUUACAACAUCCUAAAACGAAAUAAUUUGACAGCAUUUUCACACAACUAUAUUGACGAUAUUAUAAUUUUUUCGAAAACGACAGAUGAACAUCUUCGACAUAUUGACCAAGUUUUAAAAGUUAUGAAAAAGGAAAAUGUGAAAUUAAAACAAUCAAAAUGCUUUUUCAUGAAGAAAAGUGUGACGUAUAUCGGUCAUCUCAUAUCGAAAAACACGAUUAGACCAUUGAAUAACAAUUUAUCUGCAAUAACUGACUAUCCUCCACCACAUGACAAAAAAACAUUACGUCGAUUUCUUGGUAAAAUCAACUUUUAUCACCGUUUUAUACCUGACCGUACCGAACUUCUUGAUCCACUUUAUGAUUUAUUGAAAAAAGAACAUCAAUUUAAAUGGUCAGAAGAUAAGCAAAAAUCGUUCGUGAAAAUCAAAGAAAUUUUAACAUCUGAAUUAGUAAUUCAUAUUUUCGAUCCAAACUUGAACACUAUAGUAAUAACCGAUGCAUCUGAUAUUGGAAUAGGUGCUGUAUUGAAACAACAAAAAGAUAAUGAAGAAAUUACAAUCGGUUAUUUUUCACGAAAAUUAUUGAAGCAUCAGAAAAAUUACGUGGUCACUGAAAAAGAAUGCUUGGCAAUAAUUGAAUCAAUCGAAUAUUGGCACCAUUAUCUCUACGGUCGAAAAUUUUUAAUACGAACAGACCACAAACCAUUGAAGUACAUCAACACACAUAAAAAGAUCAACACAAGAAUUAUGAACUGGGCCAUGCGCCUUAAUCAAUAUGAAUUUGAAAUUGAUUACAUCAAAGGUGAAACUAAUUUAGAAGCUGAUUAUCUAUCUCGUAAUCCAGAUUUCGAAAUAAAUAUCUUGUCGUUAGGCGAAUUGGAGAAAAUCCAUGAACCACUUUGGGCCACACCCCCUAGAGGAUGUGUGAAGCAUGAUCGACAUUUAGUGAAAAUUCGAAAUGGAAAAAUGAGAUACUAUUUACCUGAAAAACAUGCUAUCGAUGAAAUUAAAAGAAUCCACAUAGAGAAAGGUCAUCUAGGUAUUGUUAAAACGAACAAACAUUUUUCGACAAAAUAUUACAGUAUCGGUCAAAAUAAAAUCAUUCAAGAUAUCGUAAAUGGAUGUGACAUAUGCAAAAAAGGUAAAAAACAAAUUCGAAAAUAUGGCGAAGUCGGUCAUUUUGGUCCAGCCGAAGAACCAUUUGCCAUCAUUCACAUCGAUACAAAAGGUGGUUUUUCCGAACCUCCAGUUAAAUUACGAUAUUUUCAUUUAGCGAUUGACGCAUUUUCCAGAUACGUUUGGGGUAUUACAUCUAGUGGUCAAUCAGCAAAAGAUUACAAAAAAUUAAUCGACAAAAUUUGUACGGAUGGAAAGCCGAAAAUCAUUUUUACCGACAAGUACGCUUCCUUAACAUCACAACAAUUCAAAGAUAUUCUAGCUGAAAGAGGUAUAGAAUUGAUUCAUUCACCAACAGCUCACCCACAAAGCAAUGGUCUUAUUGAAAGAGUGGGUCAGACAUUAGUUGAACGUCUCAGAUGCAAGAAACUUUCCGAUCCAAACAGAUCUUGGUCCGUCUUGGCCAAAGAUGUUUUGAAUGAAUACAACACAACAAUACACAGUUCAACAACAUUUACACCACAAUAUUUGCUAAAUGGGCAAGACCCAGAUAAUCUUUACAUCGAUAGAAAUUUAGUCAGAGAUAGGAAAAUUGCAUUUGACAAAAGUGAGCGCGAACAUAAUAAAUCAAAAAUUAGACUAGAAAAAAAACAAUAUCAAGUAGCAUUGAAUGAAGGUGACUAUGUCUACGUUGAUCUUUCAAGUGAUCUAAAUAAAGAACGAUUGGAACCACGAUUUCAAGGACCAUUUAAAAUUAUCAAGAAAAUUUCUAAUUUGAUGUUCGAUGUCCAGCUUCCUGAUCAUAUUCAACAAAUUCACAUCGGAAAAACCAAACCAGCUAAAGCACCAAAUAAUGAACAAAACAAAAUAUGAAUUACCAAUCAACGAUACUAUGACAAUC